CACGUGCAUAUUUAAUUUUUUUUUUAAUCUUUUUGAAGUAAACAAAAUCCCUACGUAGCCUCAAAACGCAUUGAUCCAAUUGAUUGCACGUUUGAGCUUUCAAAAUGAGCGGAACCAAGGCUGUCGCAGAGAAUAUGUUAUGGGGAGGCCGUUUCACUCAGGGUCUCGACCCAUUGAUGGUCAAGUACAAUGAAUCUCUCCCCUACGACCGCAUCUUCUGGAAGCAAGACAUCUCCGGUUCAAUUGCCUUUGCGCGAGCCAACCUCAAGGGCGGAAUCCUCUCCGAGCACGAGUUUGCCGAAAUCCAGCGCGGCUUCAAGGAGAUUGCAGAGGAAUGGGAGAGCAACUCUUUUGUUGUCAAGGCCAACGACGAGGACAUUCACACUGCCAACGAGCGCCGUCUUGGUGAGAUCAUUGGCAAGGACAUUGGAGGAAAGCUACACACGGGCCGCUCUCGCAAUGAGCAAGUCUCCACCGAUAUGCGAUUAUGGCUGCGCGAAGAGCUGCGCAAGCUGGAGUCCUAUCUCUGCGACCUGAUCAAGGUCACCAUUGCCCGCGCCGAGAACGAGAUUGACUACAUUAUGCCCGGUUACACACAUCUGCAAAAGGCUCAGCCCGUCCGAUGGAGCCAUUGGCUCCUUUCGCACGCUGCAUCAUUUGCUUCUGAACUUGAGCGUCUCCGAUUCGUGAUCAAGCGUGUCAACCGGAGCCCUCUGGGAUGUGGUGCUCUCGCGGGCAACCCGUUCAAGAUUGAUCGUGUUGGCAUGGCCAAGGAGCUGGGCUUUGAGGGUCUAUUGUACAACUCGAUGAACGCUGUUGCCGAUCGCGACUUUGUCUUGGAGACAAUGCAGUGGGGCAGCUCUUUGAUGGUGAAGAUUUCUCGCUGGGCCGAGGACCUCAUCAUCUACAGCAGUUUGGAAUUCUCCUUUGUCAGACUGGCAGAUGCUUAUUCGACUGGUUCUUCAUUAAUGCCCCAGAAGAAGAAUGCCGACAGUCUCGAGCUUCUCCGAGGCAAGUCCGGCCGCGCGUUCGGACAGAUGGCCGGUCUCCUCUGCACCAUCAAGGGUCUUCCCACCACCUACAACAAGGAUCUGCAAGAAAGUGUUGAGCCGAUGCUCGACCAUAUCAAGACCGUCGGCGACAGCAUCCAGAUUGCCACCGGUGUUCUGUCCACCAUGACUGUCAAUGCGGACAAGAUGUAUGCCGCAUUGGCUCCUGAGAUGCUAGCCACUGAGUUUGCCGACUACCUAGUACGCAAGGGCGUGCCGUUCCGCGAGGGCCACCACGUGUCUGGCCGUGUCGUAGCGUUGGCCGAGGAGAAGGGUGUGCCCAUGGACAAAUUGACCUUUGAGCAACUCAAGGGUAUUGAUGCGCGGUUUGACGAGGACGUGCAGAGCUGUCUUGACUACCAUCGUGCAGUCGAGCUCAAGGACGCCACUGGCGGUACGAGUAAGGCUGCUGUUCUCGAACAGGUUGGCGUUCUCAAAGAAUUGUUGGGACAGGCGUAAAUUCCAUUUUCUGGGGAGGGGGAAAAAUUCAUGGUAUAGAAGGCAUUUUUAAAAAGCAGUACCCAUAAACGGUCAUAAUUUCGGCGACCUAAUAAAAAAGUGUUGC